ACAACCAUGAGCUCAGCCCAUCAAAAGGCAAGCAUUUUAGAUGCAAUAAGGGGAUUUCAUUGGGGGUGAGGAGAACACUUAAGGUGAAUGAUCAUGCAGGAAUAAGGGUGCAUAAUAACUACACAAGUAUAGUAUAGGAAUAUGGUGGAGUUAAGAACAUGAGAUUUAAUGAGCGAGAUUGUCAAAAUUACUUGGAUCACCAAAGACAGUUGUGGAUUGCUAAAGGUGAUGGCGAGGCCAUUUGGAGGUACUUUAAAGUCUUGAAAAGUCAAAGUUCGAACUAUUUCAGUAGGAUAGAAGUGGAUGCGGAUCGUCGUCUCAAUAGCUUGUUCUGGGUUGAUGGCCAGACCAGAGCAGCAUACCAAUACUUCGAUGAUGUUCUUCCGUUUGAUACAACCUAUCUUACCAAUAGGUAUGACAUGUCAUGUGCUGCAUUUUCUGGAGCAAACAACCACAGCCAAACAAUAAUGCUUAGUUGUGGGUUGAUAGCUAAGUUGUGGGUUGAUAGCUAAUGAGACAGUUGAAUCAUUCGUGUGGCUGUUUUCUGCUUGGCUUGAGUGCAUGAGGGCAAAAACCAAAGGGGAUCAUCAUUGAUCAGUGUAAAGCCAUAAGGAACGCAGUGUAGAUGGUGUUUCCAAGAAAAAGGCAUUGAUGUU